AAGAAAAUCUCAUAAAUGUGUGUUAUUACAAUUAAUUUACGUAUGAACUUAGCAGAGGUGAAGUAGAUGAACUAGUGACAUUUGGACUAAAACCAAGUCUAGGCCAGCCAGCGGCAGGACAAGUUUGUUGUGGCGCCGCGACGCAGCGAGCAGAACGUUGUUCUUCCUGCUCGGUUCACGCUAAUCUUGCGCUGCAUAAGGAUUCAUAAUGAACAAGAUCAAGACUGUGGCUGAAAUAGUGCAGUCAGACAGUGCCAGACCUAAGGAGAGUGCUAAAAGAAAAAGAGGUGCUUCAGAAGAAAUCAUGAAUGGGACAUCAGAUGAAACAGUAGUCAAACAAGAAGACAACACUGUGUCAGCUGCCACAGUGAAAAAAGAACGAAACAGUACUGAGGAGAAGGCCAGCAAUGAUACACAGGAAGUUGUGGAACAGAAAGACAACAAAGAUGAUUCUGUAAGUGAUGAUAAAGAUUCCACUGAAAAUACAGAAAAUAAAGAUGUUGAAUGCAACAAAAAUACUGAUGUAAGUGAGAGUAAAAAUUCCACUGAAAAUACAGAUAAUAAAGAUGUAGAAUCAAACAAAAAUAUUGAUAAAAGUGAGGGUAAAGAUUCCAGUGAAAAUAUAGAAAACAAAAAUGUUGAAUCAGAGACAGAAAAAAAAGAUGGUGUUAAGAUGGAAAUAGAUGAAAGCAGUGAUAAGAAACAGGAUGACAAGACUGGUGACUGCACUCAGGAAACAAAGAGUGACGAUAAAAGUAGUGAUAUCAGUGUCAACCAAAUUAAAGAAAAAGAUAAACAAAUAAAAACAGAAGAAUCCACAGAAAAUAAGGAAAGUGAUAAAGGUGAAAAGACAGCCUCAGAAAAAGGAAACGCUGAUGCUUCUGACAAUAUCGAAAAUGAAACUGCUGCAAGUGGGGAAAACAUUGAGAAUGUGAAGAUCAAAGAGGAGACAACUGAAGUGAAAGAUGUCAUGAAAGAGACAAAGACACCCAUCGUAGCAGCCAGAAGAAGGGUUGCAACAAAGAAGAAAGACUCCCCUCUAGUUGGUAAAAGUCCUCGAAGAACUCCUGCCAAAGUGAUGGGUGAGGCUGGGGAUGUGCCUGUGCCUGAGGGAUGGUCCAGAGUGGUGGUUCAGCGGACCAGUGGAGCAUCUGCUGGGAAAUAUGAUGUUUAUUAUUUCAGUCCUCUUGGGAAGAAAUUGCGGUCAAGAAAUGAAGUAAGUAAACAUUGUGAAGAAAACCAGCUUCAUGUGGAGAUGGACACGAUAGUGUUUACUCACAAGACUUCAGGAACUCCAAAACAAGGGGUGAGAUCUGCUUCAGUUAAAACCCCUAAGGGUGCUGCUACCAAGACCUCGAAGACCCUGAAGACCCCUAAGACACCCAAAUCUCCCAAAGCUGAGCCAAACAGAAAGAGGAAGUUAGCAGACAAAAGUGAGGCACCUCUUUCCAAGCGAGCUAGAAGAGAUGACCGCAAGAGUGAGUACUUCAAAACAAAGGGAGACAAAUUGAGUCGAGUAAGACUAAAGUCUGGAACACGCUGGACCCCACCUCGCUCCCCUUUCAACCUCUUCCAGGAGUCACUCUAUCAUGAUCCAUGGAAGCUCUUAGUCGGCACUAUAUUCCUCAACAGAACUACUGGAGAAGAAGCCCUUGGAAAAAACAUUCUUUGGAAGUUUCUAGAUAAGUGGCCUACUCCAGAAGAAACCAUCAAGGCUUCUUGGGAAGAGUUAGCUGCUGUCAUACAGCCUCUUGGACUUCACGAGAAAAGAGCAAAGAUGAUCAUUAGAUUUUCAGAGGAAUACACAACAAAGGAUUGGGUUUAUCCCAAAGAGCUUCACGGCAUAGGUAAAUAUGGAAACGACUCGUACAGAAUCUUUUGCGUUAAUGAGUGGCGCAAGAUCCGGCCGUCUGACCACAUGCUGAAUUUUUACAUUGAUUGGUUGUGGGAUAAUCACCGACAUUUGGGACUUGAGUAGUGUUUUACUCUUCUCAAAAUUUGUCCCAACUGAACAAAGUGUGAAUUCCCAGUAGUAUGUACAAAAAUAAUAGACUGAGGUGUUUGAGAUGUCAUGUUAAUGCAUCUCUCUCAUUUCAGAGAAAUAAUUUUACUGUUAAUUAGAUAGCUAUAUUUUUUGUUUAAUGCUGUGUCAGGAUGUACUUGAGAAUGAUUAUAUACAGAUGGUAUGGCAGUGACAGUUCACUGAACUUCAGUAAAAUGGAAAAUGAAGUAAGUUCAAGGUUAUACACACUUAAGUUGUUAAGAAAUUGGUGAAUUCAACUGCUGGGUGAAGAUUUUAGGGAACAAUACUGCACUCAUUUAUUAGUUGUUACGAAUUUGUGGAAAAAUAUGGAAGAGGCUUUAAUCUAAAAAUGGUUUUAUCAGUUCUUGAAUAGAAUUAAGAGGAAAUAUUAGUGUAAUUUACUUUCAUAUGUACCAGCAACUUACUGUUUUAUUUUCUUAAGUCAUCCCACUAUCAUCCUUAUUUCAUCAGAAUAACUAUAAGUAGCUUCAUCACUAUUUUCUCAUGGAAGGCUCAAAUGAUUUACCAGCUAAAGAUUAAUAACAAUAUUACUAGCAAUUAGAACUAUGAACUUGUUUGGAAUAAGUACUUUGUUUCUAAUAAUAUCUAAUUCUCAUUCAGGCAGACAAUCUUGUGUCAGCAGAAUGUAUUUGAUUGAACCACUCAUGGCAUUAUGUUCUUAGGGGAAAAUGGUACCAGUAGAAUAUGUUAGAACUUUCAAAUCAGAUUUUAGACAUUACUAUUAAAAGGUAUGCCCUCCAAUUGUAAAAGAAAUGUUAUGCUUGACAUGCUGCAACCACGACAAUUAUGAAUUUUUAAUCUAUAAAGGCUGGACAGUAAAGUUUCAUCAAAUUCUUA